GGAUAAAACCCAAGAGGGGAGGGGAGGAGCUUUCAUACCACAUGUGUUUUUGGCCGACAGCAAUAUGGGGAAGAGGAAGGACAAGAGAGAGGAUCGUAACUUCACAGGGAAAACUGCAAAGAAAGAAGACAAGAGUUUCUGUGGAAAUACAGCAAGAGAAGAAUAAGGAGUGAGAAGUCUGUGGAUCUACAUAAGGUUAGUCUACAAAUCAAUCUCCUAUUUUUCAUUUGAAAGCUGCAGUGUGGAGGGAAAUAUAGAGACUAUUUACACACAGAGAAAUGAGCAACAGGUGAUACAAGCAAGAUACAGGUGAAACCGAUGACUUAUCAAAAAAGGAAGGAAAACCAAGGAAUGUAAGUGUAAAAGUUCUUUAUUUAUACAGCCCUUUACAAGAACCCUUUCAGUGAACCAAAGUGCUUUACAAUACAAAAAUGAAUGAACAAAAACAAUAAAAAGCAGUAAAAACUAUAAAAGCAAUAAAUGCAAAUAAAACAAGAACAAGGUACGAUGCAGUAAAAUAAAGUAAAAGUGUCACCAUGCUACUGGGUAUCAGAAGCCAGCAUAAAUAAAUACGUUUUCAGUUGAGAUUUGAUAAGAUCCAGGUCAGAAAUAAGUUGCUUUUCAGUAGGGAGCUUAUUCCAGAGCCUGGGACCAAAAAUAGAUGGGGCCGAGGUCAUUGAGAGCUUUAAAAACAAACAUUAAAAGUUUAAAAUCAAUCCUGUGAGAGACAGAAAGCCAAUGAAGGGAGCUAAGGACAGGAACUGAUGUGUUCACAUCUGUUAGUGUUGGUUAAAAGACGGGCAGCAGCAUUUUGCAGAAGUAUAAGGCAACAAAGCGAUGAUUGGGAGAUGCCAACAUAAAGUGCAUUACAAUAGUCUAAUCUUGAACUGAUUAGAGCAUGGAUCAUCAAAGUCACUGCUUAACAUCAACAAUAACACAUUUUGCAUACUCCCAUUGUUUGGCUUCACUGGCAGAUAUAUUUGCAAAUCAUCUGCAUAACUAUGAAAAGAAAGAUUGUUCCAAGCUAUAAUUGACCCAAGAUACACAAGAUUGACUCCGUAUACAAUGAAAAGAGAAUAGGGCCAAGAAUAGAGUCAGGUAGUAAGACUAGACUGCACACCGGGACAAACUAAUACAAAAUAAAACAGGAAACAUUGAGAACUGAAUGGGAAUACAAAAACCAAUCACGACUAUGAUAUUUUCUUUGACAGAUGGAGACAGAACGACCAACAAUGUUUGACUUCCAAGGAGUCCAAAUGACCCACUUUUUCACAGACAACUGGGAGAAUGUCCAAAACUUUCAAGCCAGGCCAGAUGAUGUACUUAUUGCAACUUACCCCAAGGCUGGUAAGUGCGCCAAAAAUAAAAUGCAAAUGAUUAUUAUUAUUUUUUAUGAACAACAAUGAAGGCAUAGAGCUCCAAGAGGAACUUUCGUAUUUUUCAACCUGUGCUCUGUUUUCACUUGUGUUUGUGUUUGCUUGACCUGUGCCAGUCUCUGAUUCCCCUGGUGUCACUCACUCAUGUGUCCCAUGUUGACCUCCUGCAACAAGUGAGAUCUUUGCGGGGCAGCAGAACGACAAUUCUCUACCACUAGCGCUAACAAUCUGAGCCUGUCACUGGUGACAUAGAAAACUUGAAGUGGAUGCAGUUUGAGGAUACACAAUUGUCUGGUCAGGCUAACUUUUAGCUUAUUUUUGUAACUACCGGCUGCUCAACUCUCCCUCAAUACUGGAGGAGAGAAAUGAAUCUCCCCAUUGGUCAGGCACACACAAACACACGGGAAAAUAGGGUCAAGGUUGAAAAAUGCCAAACUUCUCCUUUAGUGUUGAGAUUCCUUUUCUUCGUGUUUCCUCCAGGAACCACUUGGGUCUCCUACCUCCUUGACCUGCUGUAUUUUCGUCAGACAGCUCAAGAGCGCCAGGCAUCUGUCCCUAUCUACGACAGAGUGCCUUUUUUGGAGAUAAUCCACCCAUGUUUGGAGUCAGGUAUAUUCAUAACUAAACAUGCUAUUUUCUCUAACUUCAUGCAGUCAACUUUAUCACCUCAUAAGCUAGUUUACAUCCUUUUUUUUAUCACACUGCAGGAGUCAAGAGACUUUUUAAGCCUCUUAAAAGAUUAAGGGAGGAUUUUAAUUGUCCAUUUUUUUCUUUUGAUACAGGAAAAGAUCUAGCAGACAAGCUCCCAACCUCUCCUAGGCUCAUUAAAACUCAUUUUCCAGUCCAGUUUGUGCCAAAGUCCUUCUGGGAGCAGAACAGUCGGGUCAGUAAAAGCAUUUUCAGUCACAAUAAUAAAACUGUGAUUCAAAAAAGAAUUAUUGGUGUCAGAUUUUAGUUGUAUCCAACUUGAAAUAUGCAGAUACUGCAUGUCUCUGGCUAGUUUGUCCUCCAAGCACCCUGCUUUGUAUUUCCUGUUCUUGUUUCACUUCCUGCCCUCUCCCGUUAUCUUACCUCACAGUGGCCACCCCACUGUGUCUCACUGUCUCUGCUUUAUCUCAGUGUUAGCUCCUUCUUUGCUACUUUAUCUCAUGCCCAUCUGUCAGCGGUUUAACAUUCAUUCCUUGUGUUUUACUCUUGAGUGUGAGCGCUGUUGUGGUCAUUGUCUCUGCCUUAAUUGUAGGAUCUCUUGUGAUCAAAAUUACUUUGAAUCAUGUUUGAGUUUUGCUUUUGGUGGGGUCCAUCCAGGCAGCAUGUCUCUGGGUGGGUUAUGAACAAACACAAAAACACUUAAGCGUAUAAUCUAAACUUUUUCUCCUCCUGCAGCUGGUCUAUGUGGCUCGCAAUGCGAAAGACAACAUGGUGUCUUAUUUUCACUUUGACCGCAUGAACAAAGUUCAGCCAUGGCCUGGAGACUGGAACAACUAUUUCCAGAGAUUCUUGGAUGGGAAAAGUGAGAAUGAUUGAAAUAAGAAUUUUAAGAAAACGGGUGUUAAAUAUGUUGCACAGACCGUCACUUUGUUUUGUCUUAAAGUUUGCUUCUGUUGUCUCAGUGGUGUUUGGAUCCUGGUAUGACCAUGUGAGCGGCUGGUGGGAGAAGAAGAAGACUUGUCCAAAUAUUCAUUACAUGUUUUAUGAAGACCUUAUCGAGGUACCUCAGUUUCAUUUUGCCCAUUUUUUUAUUCUCCAAACAAAACAAUGAUGAGUUAUGAUUUUUUAAUUUACAGGAUACUGGACGGGAAAUAGACAAACUCUGCAGCUUUCUUGGAUUGUCUCCUUCAGCUGAGGAGAAGGAAAAACUUGCAAGUGGAGUUCAGUUUGAUAACAUGAAAAAGGACAGCAUGGCCAACUACUCUACCAACCCUGUUAUGGAUUUCAAAAUCUCUCCUUUCAUGAGAAAAGGUAACUUGAUAAAUAAAUAAAUAAAUAAAUACCUGAAUGUGAAAGACUCAGCAAAAAAUCCCCAACAUCUCACCAAUUCUCUCUGUUUCUGCAGGAAAGGUUGGUGACUGGAAAGACCAUUUCACUGUGGCUCAGAAUGAACAGUUCGAUGAAGACUACAAGAAAAAGAUGAAGGACCCCACACUUAAGUUUCGCACUGAAAUCUGAACAAGACUAAACUGAGUGUGUACAUGUAAAGAAAUACCUGUGGUGAGAUGAGUAUGUUGCAAUUCCGUUAAAGGUCAUGGCUGCCUCUUUUUUUAAUUUUUUGUGAUUUUUUUUUUUAAAUUCUUAUUAAUCGAUUGACUCAAAUUAAACAAUAUUCAAUAACUAUUUUACAUAACAUGGACAUAAAAAGUAAAAAAAAAAACAUAUUAAAAAGAAAAAUGUUAGGGUCAGCAGCAUCUGGUAAAAACAAGCACAUAUUUGCAGAGCAUAAAGGAAUGCAAGGCCCAGCCUCAGCAAUUCCCUCAACUCCCCUCAGGAUGUAAACCACACCCUCAAUUUUAUGGUUGUGUCCAUCUUAAGCGUACUUUACACAAAAUCUCUGACCUGCAAUAUUGCUUAGAGCUGCCAAAACAUCAACUGAAACACAAACAGGAAAGAAAGAAAACAAGCACUGCCCCCACCCACCCAAGCACCCAUCCAAAACCCAGAUAUUGUACACCGUAGUAAAGAGAAGAUCUGCAUCAACCACACAAUCAUAUGCACAGGGAACAAAAAGUGAUGAGUAAAAAGUGCUUUUCGUCGAUUAUGUUAGUCAAAUUUUUAACUUCUUUUAGCCCUUCUACAUACUAUAGAGCUCUUACUAAGUUUUCAUUUUGUCUUCAUGCCUUAAUACGUCAGGUUUUAUUCUUUUAUCAUUUUUAGCUCCAGUGUUUACCUAAGGUAGCUCUGUGUACAAUUGUGUGUGUGGGAGUGAGGUUGAGUGUGUGUCUUUGUGUAUGUGUGGGUUUAUGGGUGAAAGUGUGGGUGGGAGGGUUGGGUGUUAGUGUUGUUUUUAGCCUCUGUGAGGCACUUUGAAUUACAAGCAUGUACGAAAAGUGCCAUAUAAAUAAAGUUGAAUUGAAAUCUU